AUGGCCUCCUCUUAUGCCUCUUUGAAUUUCGACGGGCAAAUGAGAGUGGACGCGAAUCAUGCCAUGAACCCCCAAUACGCACCAAACAGCUUCGUGAACAAGUUCCUCCCGACACCGCUGAAGCUCCGUACCAACUUACCGACAAUACUGUCAGCCGCAGGUUCCACUUCUGGCAUGAAGGGAGCGAUACCGAGUAUGAACAGCCGCCUUUACCGGAUCGACGCAGGAUAUGCAGAGGGGGUUUACAAUAUGCUACCUGAGAAGAAGUUUGAUUUUGACGAUGUUGAGAAGCGUUCUCGCGGCGCAGAGAAGCUGGGUAAAAACACCCAUUUUUGUCCAAGUUCCAAAGCCCACAAGCUACUAGGGAGAUGUUCUGUCGCGGACGUGUAA